UAGGGUUCUCUUUCUUGUUUUCCUUUUUUUCCUUCUUUUCAGCCUUGAUUUUUGUGUUUUUUUAGGAGAAUUGUUAGUGAGUUGCUGCUAUUUUUAUGUGGCUGCUCAAAAAAAGAGUGUCAAAGUUAAUUCUUGGAUAAGUGAAAUUGGAGUUUGGGUUCUUUUUCUUGCUAAAAGAAUUGUGGUUGUACUCAAAGAUGAGUCAUAGAAUUCAAUAAACUUUUUGAGAUUUCAUGCCUUUUUCUCUUGGAUGAAAUUGUCAAGAAAUUGACUUCUUCAAUACCGAUUGUUUCAUAUAUAGAAAGCUAUAAAAAUAAAUUAUAGGGUGAUGAAUUAAGGAGGUGAUCAUUCUUCAAGAUGAUUACUUUUAUGGAUUCAAGAGACGAAGAGGAGAAGUGCUUAGAUUCUCAAUUGUGGCAUGCUUGUGCUGGUACGAUGGUAAAAAUGCCUGCAGUUAAUUCGAUAGUGUUCUAUUUUCCUCAAGGACACGCAGAGCAUGCUUGUGCAAAUGUGGAAUUUAGGAAUGAUAUUAGGAUUCCAUCAUACAUUCCUUGUAGAGUCUCAGCUAUUACAUACAUGGCAGAACAAGUAACUGAUGAAGUUUUUGCCAAAAUUAGGUUGACACCUAUUAGUCAUAAUGAAGUUGAUCAAAUUGUUGAUGACGAAAUUGCUAAAAUUGGGUUGGAUAACCCAGAUAAAUUCCCUUCAUUUGCUAAAACGUUGACGCAAUCAGAUGCGAAUAAUGGUGGAGGUUUUUCUGUUCCCAAGUAUUGUGCAGAUACCAUCUUUCCUCUCUUGAACUAUGCUGCAGAUCCUCCUGUCCAGAACCUCUCAGUGAAGGAUGUUCAUGGCAAGCCAUGGGAAUUUAGACAUAUUUUUCGAGGAAAGCCAAGGCGUCAUCUUUUAACGACCGGUUGGAGUAACUUUGUGAAUGAAAAAAAGCUCGUUGCUGGUGAUUCCAUUGUGUUUCUAAGGUCUGAAAAUGGGAAAUUGUGUGUAGGCAUCCGCCGGGCAAAGAAAGGAAUUGGUAAUGGACCUGAAACUCCUUUUCAAUGUAUUCCACCUAUCGAUAACUUUUUUAUUCCACCUAUUGAUAACUUAGCCAUACCACCACGCGGAGGGUAUUCAGCUUUGCUCAAGGAUGAUGAAAAUAAAUUGAUGAGAUAUGAAAAUACAAACUCAAAUGUUGAGAUCAACUUGAUGAACAAAGGGAAAGUGAAGGCAGAAUCAGUUAUUGAAGCUGCAAAUCUUGCAGCAAGCAAAUAUCCCUUUGAGGUUACCUUUUAUCCCCACUCUAGCAAUCCAGAGUUCUUUGUGAAGGCGUCACGUGUGAAGGCAGCGUUGCAGAUCCCUUGGUGCUCAGGAAUGAGGUUCAAGAUGCCUUUUGAAACUGAAGACUCAAUGAUGAGCUGGUUCAUGGGAACUAUAUCUUCUGUUCAGGUUGCUGAUCCCCAUCGAUGGCCAGAUUCACCCUGGAGGAUUCUUCAGGUGACAUGGGACGAGCCUGAUUUGCUUCAAAAUGUGAAAUGUGUCAACCCAUGGCUUGUGGAAUUAGUCUCAAACAUGUCCACCAUCCACUUUAAUCCCUAUGCACCCCCUUUUCAAUUACCUCAACGUUCAGAUUUUCCUCAUCUUCCUAUGCCUGGCCUUAUUAGGCCCAGUGAUUUCUUUAAUUGUCUUCCUAAUGACACCCAUGUUGGGAUGCAGGGAGCCAGGCAUGCUCAAUAUAAUUUAUCAUUACCAGACCUCCACCUCGAUAGGCUUUACUCAAGUCUGUCGCAUGUUGGUUUUCCACCACCUCAUCAUGUUAUUGCAUCCCCUAGAACCUCUAAUAGUACAACGAUUCCCAAUCCAAGUAUCAGUGAUGAUAUAUCUUGUCUGCUAACCCUUGGAGGCUCCUCCCAAACUAUGAAUAAAUCUGAUUGUGAGAAAGUACCACAAUUUAAACUUUUUGGUCAACUCAUACGGACUGAACAACAAAUCUCUCAAAGCAGUUCAGGAGAUACUGGUUCUCCUAUUCGUGCAGUGAAUAGUUCUUUACAUGGGCAUGGAUAUAAAAAAGGUAAUAUAUCUGAGGAAUCGGGUACUUCAUUUGAUCACUGCAGUCUACCAGACCACUUACCAUGUGAAUCAUUUCAAUCUGAGAAAAAUUUGGAGAUGGGACACUGUGAAGUUUUCAUAGAAUCAGAAGAUGUAGGAAGGACACUGGAUUUAUCAUUGUUGGAUUCCUAUGAAGAGUUAUACAUGGAUUUGUCCAAUAUGUCAGGCAUUAAAAUUUCAGAUAUGCUUAAUCAUGUGAUUUAUCGAGAUAUCAAUGGUGCGACAAAGCAACUUGGUGAUGAACCAUUUAGGGAAUUCACUAAAACAUCACGAAGAUUAACAAUUCUAACGGAUGCAAGAAGUGAUAAUAUAGGAGUUACGAGUAGAGAUAACAAAUGCAAAUCUUUGUUAAGAUACUCGACGGAAAGACCAUUACUCUUGAUGUCGAGAGUUCCAACAUCAUUGAGAAUGUCAAAGCCAAGAUUCAAGACAAAGAAGGAAUUUCUCCGGAUCAACAAAAGUUAAUAUUUGCUGGAAAACAAUUUGAGGAUAGUCGAACACUUGCUGAUUACAAUGUUCAAAAGGAGUCUACCCUUCAUCUUAGCUUGUGUCUUCAUGGAGGUUAUAGGGCAGAUGAAGUUUAUCCAAUCAUUAUUAGGACAUAUAAGGCGGAGACGUUUGUCUUGGAAGUUAAGACUGGCUUUACAAUUGAAAAUGUGAUAAAAACGGUCCAAGAAAAAGGAGAUUAUAAGGAUAGACUGCAUAUGGUAUUAGAUGGUCAGUAUCUAGAAUAUGAGAAGAGUCUUUUUGAUUUUAAUAUUCGAAAAAAUUGGACACUCAAUCUUAUAAGACGAUAGAAAGAUAAAUUAUAGAUCUUCCUUAGAAAUUUGCUCGGGAAGAUUAUUUGUUUUAAAAGUAGAUAAUUCUCAAAUUAUUAUUGUAAAACAAUUAUGAAGAAUAUAUAUUCUAUUGUGUA